AUUGAAGUGACAUUUUUUCAGUAUCGAAAUUUGACACUCUUGUCAUUUCUCUAGGUUAUGUUUUAUUAAUAAUUAAUAAAAUAUUAAUAUAAGUAUAUGUAAAGAGAGAAAGAUAGAUUUCUUCAUGAAUGUGCGGCUCAUAAAUUAUAAUGCCACGGAAAUUACGUAUUAUGUUUGCAACUGCGACAACGCUAGGUUUAUGUAUCAUAAUAUUUCAGUUACGUUUAAUUCUUUACGAUCGCACGAGAUUGUCUUCUUCAGAUGAUGAUAUACCUGUUGUAUUAUGGUGGACUCCAUUUGGUAAUAACAAUCUAGUGAAAACUUGCGGAAAUGCUAAAUGUUACUUUACACACAAUAGAGCAUUUGAAAACAACAUACGCUUGAAAAGUAUUUUAUUUUAUGGAAGUAAUCUUCAUAUUCAUGAUUUGCCUAAUUGGAGGAGUAGCUCUGUAUCAUGGGGUUUACUUCAUGAAGAAUCUCCUAGAAAUAAUCCUAUACUCAUCCAUGAGAAAACACUUAAUCUUUUUAAUUAUUCUUCAACCUUUAGCAGAUUUAGCGAUGUACCACUUACGCUUCUUGAUUUAUUCAGUUUAAAAGAUUUAAUAGGAAAAUCAUAUUAUGUGUCUACCAAAGAGAAGUCUGCAUUGAUACAUGCAAAAAAUUAUGCACCAGUAUUAUACAUUCAAUCUGACUGUGAUACCGCUAGCGACAGGGAUCGUUAUGUCUUAGAAUUAAUGAAAUACAUUCGUAUUGAUUCCUAUGGUACAUGUAUAAAUAAUGCUCGUCUUGAAGACAGGUUCAAGAAUAACUAUUUCGAUAUUUUAAAUAAUCGUGAAUUCUUAUCUUUUGUGGCCAAAUACAAAUUUACUAUAGCUUUCGAAAAUGCGAUAUGUAAUGAUUAUAUCACAGAAAAAUUGUGGAGGCCACUUAUUGUUGGCUCUGUACCUAUAUAUUAUGGGUCACCAUCCUUUAAGGAUUGGCUCCCAAAUAAUAAAUCCGCCAUCUCGAUAUUAGAUUUUACUAGCCCAAAAGCACUUUCUGAUUUUUUACACAAACUUGUGAAAAAUGAUUCUGCAUAUGAGGAAUAUUUAGCUCAUAAAUUAAAUAAACGCGAGUAUCGCGUUACAAAUAGUGCAUUACUACGUGCACUUGAAAGAAGAUCGAUGACCUUACCUUAUGAGUUUGGAAAUUAUAUGGAAGAAUUUGAAUGUUUUAUUUGCGAGCAAAUACAGAAUAAUUGCGAAUCAAAGAUACGUAAGGUAACAAGAAAACAAUACGAUUGUCCUCUACCGAGAGAUCCUAUAACAGGUGGAAUCAGUAAACGCAAUUGGUGGAUAGAUCAAUGGAAUAUCGAGAAAUGCGGAGCUAAGCUGUUAGCUCACUAUAUAACUAAUAAUAUCAGCAUUAAUACAAAACAUUUUAAUGAACAAAAGAUGAAUAUGUACGAUAAUAAUGAAUGUUGAGAUACAUAUGAAACAAGGAAACAGUUUUGCAAACAAUUUUGAUAAUAUAAAUACUCGAUUAUUUUAUGAACUAUAUUAGGAAUAUGAGUAUAAAAUGAAUGCGUAUAUAAAUG